AUGUCUUCGACCUUUUCGAUUAUCAGUGAGGAGUAUGUGACAUACCCUCGCGGCGGCAGGAUCUUAAAGCAGACCAGCGAUGCUAAUGAGAUAUGGUUUGCUUUGCGUGCUACUAUGUCAGCAAAACUCGAUGAAACAGAAGACGAAAGGACUCUUCAACGGUGGUUGAGGAGAAGGCAGGUUCACACGCUAAAUCAGCAGAACCCUGACGAUAGCGCCUCAACACCAGAGACCAAAGGGAGGUCUCCGAAGAACUACUAUCCACCAAUCCUAGGGCCGUCGCGACACUCGAUGACUAUUACCGAGACACCUUACGACGUCGAUCCUAACCGACUACGCAACGGUUACUCGUAUGCCUUCAGCGAUAUCUCCUUCGCGAUCUGCAUACCCAAUGACGGAUUCCAAGCUCUUUUUACCGAGUAUAUUCGGUUCAUCCCCACUCUUCGGUUGUACAAAGACUCAUUUCACUACAUGGAGGAUCUAAAAAUCGAAGUCCAAGCUUUACAACUGGGGACUUCGGGUGCUGAAAGUCUCUAUGAGAAUUCCGUACGAUAUUUGACUCUCUCACAAGAAUGUGUAUUUUGA